UGGAACCUGUCACUCUCCGAACAGGCGCCAGAGAUGGAAGCCUUUACCUUUGCUGUAACCACCCAAGUGGACAUACCUAUACGAAUCAAGAUUGGCUCCUUAGAGGGGAAGCAGAAGCCGAUCCCGUACACCGUUCUUGAUGAAAAUGCCGAGUUGCGGCAUAUAGCCUCUGUGCAAGACUCUGUCUCUGACCUCUACGUGACCGCUCAGAUAUGGUCAGAAUCAAAGCCAUUGGGCGUGCCAAUGAAAACCAAAUACAAGCCGUUUAAAGCCAAUCGAGUAUGGAAUGAAUGGCUCGAGUUGCCCAUGUCGAUCAAGGAUGCAGAGCGCAAUGCUCAGCUAGCAAUUACCAUAGUUGAUUUGUCUCCACUCGCCGCUGAUAGGAUUACCCACAUCCCAUUUGGCGGAACUACUAUCACUUUGUUUGACGAAGAUGGAAAAUUGAAGAUGGGCAGACAGAAGUGCAAGGUUCACCUACACAAGGAUGCCGAUGGGUCCGCUUCGACUUCCACCCCCUCUGUCCCACCGCCUAAGCGUCGUAAACCGAAUACUCGUGAUAUUUCUCAGCAGUCACCCGAAGAAGCAGAACUGGAACGCGUGGAGGUCUUGAUCAAGAAACAUGAAAUGGGCGAGAUCCCCCGUGUUGACUGGAUGGAUCAAUUGCUCUUCCGUGAGUUGGAGAAGCUGAAGUUAAACGCGGAUGAAGCGGCUCAAAAGCGUGCCCUUGAACUUGAUACAAUCCUGCAAAAGGGCUCGAAGCACGGCAAAGGCCAAGACGAUAGUUCUGACGAAGAAAGCCUCGAAGAUGAGUAUUUCAAUCUCUACGUCGAGUUUCCACGCUUUGAUCAUCCAAUUGUAUGGGCUGAUCAUGAGUAUCCUCCUCCGCCCAUUUCAUCUUGGGCCCAAAAUGCACUUCCACAUCCUAAUGCGACUCUUAAACCGGUUCCAGAGGUUCAAUUUGGACCAGGAAUUGCCUAUGCCGAUCCUCACAACGUCAUUCAAAUUUACGAUCCCGAGGUUGGUCAAAUCGGAAAUCCCUGUGAGGACAAGCAUCGGCGUUUGAUACGAAGCCAUCGAACUGGUAUCAUGGAUCGUGAUCUGAAGCCUAACCCUAAAAUCAGAGAUGAUCUCAAUAUGAUUAUCUCUUACGAACCGACGCAAGACCUCACUGCCGAAGAGAAGGAUCUAAUAUGGCGAUUCAGGUAUCAUCUCACCCGAGAGAAGAAGGCAUUGACCAAAUUCGUCAAAUCGGUCAACUGGCGGGAUGUCGGGGAAUCACGGCAAGCCGUUGAAAUGUUCCCUAAGUGGACCGAGAUUGACGUGGAUGAUGCUUUGGAGAUUCUCGGUCCUACUUUUGACAAUCCUGCUGUCCGUUCAUACGCCGUGGAAACACUGCGAAAAGCGGAUGAUGAGGAGUUGCUUUUAUAUCUUCUUCAAUUGGUGCAGGCUCUGAAAUAUGACGCGACUCCUGAUAAUAAUCCAGACGCGGCUCCUCAAGAGUCUUCACUCGCACACUUUUUGAUUUCACGCGCAGCUAAUAACUUCAAACUUGGAAAUUAUCUACAUUGGUAUCUUAUGGUCGAAUUCGAUGAUGCUGAUGCAGUUCAGCGUCGUCUAUUUGCGCGAGUUGAAUACUAUUUCAUGGUCGAACUGGAAAAGAUUCAUCCUGAGCAUAGAAAGACACUGUUACAUCAAGGUGAAAUGGUGGCAGUGCUCUCCAAGGUUGCCAAGGAUGUCCGGUUCUCGCGUGACAACAGAGUCGGCAAGAUCGAGAUGUUGAAAAAGUAUCUCCGUGACCCUGAGAACGACCUAGUCAACAUUGAUCCACCCCUGCCAUUGCCUUUAAACCCCGAUAUCCAAGUGGUUGGCUUAUACCCCGAUGAAUCAAACGUCUUCAAAUCUACGCUUUCUCCGUUGCUUAUCACAUUCAAGACGUCUGACGGUGAACGUUAUCCGAUGCUGUUCAAAGUCGGCGAUGAUCUUCGCCAGGAUCAAUUGGUCAUCCAGAUUAUCAUUUUGAUGGAUCGUCUUCUGCAAAAGGAGAAUCUUGAUCUGAAAUUGACUCCUUAUCGGAUUCUUGCCACCAGCGCAACAGCCGGCGCUGUGCAAUUUAUUCCUUCAAUUUCCCUUUCUGCCGCAUCCGCCAAGUACAAAUCCAUUCUCGCCUAUCUACAGGUGAAUAAUCCAGAUGAUAAUGAGCCUCUUGGCGUCCGCAAGGAGACAAUGGACACAUACAUCAAAUCAUGCGCGGGAUACUGUGUCAUCACGUACCUUCUCGGUGUUGGUGACCGGCAUCUCGAAAAUCUACUUCUAGCGCCGGAUGGUCACUUCUUCCACGCCGACUUUGGCUUCAUUCUCGGUCGUGACCCGAAACCCUUUGCACCCAUGAUGAAACUUUGCAAGGAAAUGGUUGAGGGAAUGGGUGGUACAACUUCGCCACACUAUUUGCAGUUCAAACAGUACUGCUACACCGCUUACACCACGCUGCGCAAGUCUGCCAACCUGAUCCUCAACCUCUUCAGUCUGAUGGUGGAUGCCAAUAUCCCUGACAUUCGAGUGGAGCCCGACAAAGCUGUCCUCAAAGUAAAAGAACGGUUCCAUCUCGAAAUGACCGAGGAGGAGGCUAUCCGUCACUUCGAGCAACUCAUUGCGGAUAGCGUUAACGCUAUCUUCGGCGUUGUGAUUGAUCGCCUGCAUGAUUUCGUGCAAGGCUGGCGAGCCUAG